AUGGCGCGGGCGGGCGGACGUCGCGCGCCGUCACGGGACGACGCCGCGCGCGGACGCGGACGCGGCUCGGCCGCGGACGUCGUCGUCGACGACGACGACGCGCGCGAAUCCAUGGAGGUCGGUCUCCUCGGACGGUACGACGACCGCGGCAGCGCGAGAUCCGACGCGCUCGACGACGACGACGACGCGUCGCCUUAUCCGCCGCCGCCGUCGCGCGCCCCGCGAAGCGCGCUGUUCACCGCAUCGCUGAGCCUCACGAUGACCGCGGUCGGGAGCACGAUGCUCUCGCUCCCGGCCGCGUUCGCGCAGUGCGGGUGGGCGCUCGGACUCGCCGUCCUCCUCCUCUUCGCGACGCUCGUGGACGUCAGCGUGCUGUUCCUCGUCGGCGCGGCGCGAAGCGCGCGCGCGGACUCGUACGAGGAGACGUGCGCGCGACUCCUCGGCCCAAACGGGGAGAAGCUCUGCCGCGGCGCGCUGUGCGUGUUGAUCUACGGCUCGCUGGUGUCGUCGCAGAUCAUCGUCGCGGACCUCGCGUCGCCGUCGAUAAGCGCGUGGAUCGCCGGCUUCGGGGACGCGAAGAUCGCGUCGUCGCUCGAGUGGCUCGGCGACCGGCGAUGCAUCGCCGCGGCGACGCUCGCGGCGGUGUACCCGCUCGUGCUCGCGAGGUCGCUGAGCUCGCUUCGGUCCGCGACGAGCGCGGCGUUUCUCGUGAUCGUCGCGGUCGUGGUCGCCGUCGCCGUCGCGUUCGCGACGUCGGACGACGCCGUCGACGCGAGCGUCGUCGCGUCCACCGUCGCGACGCGUCCGGGGGCGAUCGCGCUCGCGCUGCCCGUGAUGGCGCUCGGGUUCACGUGCCACUUUAACGUCGUCGACAUCGACAAGGAGUUUAGCGCGGCGGCGGCCGGAGGCGCUGGCGGCGGCGGCGGCGGCGGCGCGGCGCGGACGAAUCGCGAUGUCCACGCCGUCGUCCACGUCUCGCUGCUUCUCGUCGCGUUUCCGAUCUACGCGCUCUUCGCGUGCGCGGGGUACUUUCAGUACGGCGCGUCGGUGAGCGACGACUUCUUGACGGAGUGGGCCGCCGCCGGCGCGCGGGCGACGACGGUCGCGCAGGUCGCGGUCGCGGGGGUGAACGUGUUGAAGUACCCUCUGUUCGCGUUCGGUCUGAGACGGAACGUCGAGGCGGCGGUGGACGCGGCGUACGGGGGGUGGCGCGCGACUUGGCGGCGGCGGCGAGCGAAGGGUCGGGCGCGUCGGCGGGCGAACGUCGAAGACGACGAGACCGGCUCGAUGUUACCCGACGACGAGGAGGAGGAGGAGGAGGAGGAAGAGGACGCGGCCGCCGCCGCGCCCGCGUGGGCGCAUCACGUCGCGCUCUUCCUGACGCAUCUCUCCGCGGCGGUCGUCGCGAUCGUCUGUCGCGAGCUCGAGGUCGCGUUGGACGUCGUCGGAGCGACGUGCGGCACGCUCGUGACGUUCAUCCUCCCCGGGGUGUUGUUCCUUCGCGCGUUCGACCCCGCGAUGCGAUUCCCCGGCGGUCCCGGCGGCGACGGCCUCGCGUGGGCGGCGAGAGAGGCGAAGGACGACGACGCGUCCGGGGUCGUUCGCGCGAGGGCGAGCGCGGCGGCGACGGCGGCGGCGUACGUCCUCGUCGGCGUCGGCGUCGCGGCGUCCGUGUGCGGCGUCGUCGCCGUCGUCUACGAGCUCGCGUGA